AUGGAUCCUGACUCAAGAUUACGUUACGUUGAUAUUGGCGAUGAACCGAUGAUACAUUUGGAACCAGUAAGGGUAGUGACAGUGGUGCUAGGAGUACUGGAUAUCUUAAAUGGAUCAGAUGAAAGAGGUUAUGGAAAUGUACCAUUGAUGUCACUGGACAUGGCUGUUGAAUCCCUAAAACCUAUAAUCGACAUAUUACCAAGUGUUUGCAUAGCAAAACAAAACUGUCAACAUUUUCACGAUAAUUUGACAGUAGAUGAAUCUGCUGCUAUUCGUUUAUAUACAAUGCAAAGUCUUUUUAAACACCUUAAUGAAAUAUUACGUUCGAAAGUCAGAGCAGAAUUACUGCGCCCUUGGCUUCCUUACUUAAAACUACUUCUAAUGGCAUUAUACAAACUACCAUCAGUUAAAAAGACAGUUUGGCGUGGGACCAACUUAGACUUAAGCACAUUGUAUAAACAAGGUGAUAGAUGUACAUGGUGGGGUUUCAGUAGCUGUACAGAAUCAAUUACAGUAGCCGAUUGCUUCCUUGGUGAAUCUGGUUCUCGAACAUUGUUCUGA